UGGACGAUAAGAUAUUGUGAGAAAAAGUAGAGUACAGUAAAGGGCUUAUUAUCGAAAAGUAAAAUGGAUAAAUGGCGAUCAAUGCUUUACAAGAUAUGUUUUUGUAAAUUAAUAUGCAUAUUUUCAAUACUGGCAUAUGUGUGUUUUAAACGUGAACCUAAGAUUACUAAUACUUUUCAGUUGAAAAUUGAGCCAUGGUACCCAGAUGACACUGAUGAGUCUUUCGAACAAUUACGAAAUGCUUGUUUGUCAGGCAAAGGAUUAUUGUAUGAUAAGAGGAUUGUUCACAUGAUUACAAAUAGGCUACAAUAUAAUACCAUGGAUGAUGUUAUUGAGUGUGCAAGAGACGUACAAAAAUAUUACGAUGUAGUCCUUGUUAAUGUCAUAAAUGAUGCUUAUUCACCGUUCGCCUAUAGCUGGCUAUGUAAUACUGCCGAAAUGGAUAUACAUAAAUCAGUUUUAAUUAUUACAUUAGACACAACGACAAGAGAUAAUCUUAUAACAAGCUGGAACAAACUAAAUGUUUUUGCUCUUGACAUCGAUGAUAUACCGGCUGGUGAUCAAGGUUACAGUCGUGCAAGCUAUGUCAAAAUAAUGAUUCGACGAACACAGAUUAUGUAUUUCACAUUACAGGUUGACAUAAAUUUGCUUCUAUUAGAAUUCGACUACGUCUGGUUUUCCAAUCCCUUACCAGAAUUCAAUGGUAUGUCGGAAAUUGACAUGUUGCUCAAUCCGGUGUCUUUGAGAGAUGAAAAUGUUAGUAAUGGUGGACUUAUAUUUAUAUAUGCAACAGACAGAUCAAAAUUCCUCUGGAAAAAGUUAACUGAAAUGAUGAUUGAUCUCGGUGAAAGGAUUAAAAACAACUCGGUUCAUACUCAAGUUUCAGAAUACGAAAAUGAUCAAGUGUAUUUAUCCAAACUAGUGAGGGAAAGGCAUCAUCCGAUCAUUUAUGAAAGUGUCCAAGAAAUGGUGUCGACGUAAAAAGAAAAUGUACAUACGUUUUUCCUACCACUUCAAAUGGCUAUUGUGAUGUUGAGACUUUGUAACACUGUAUGUGAGACGUUGUCACAUAUUUUCUGUUACCGUUGCGAUCUUGCAACAUUUGUGUAUAUAACAUAAGUUUAUUUGUAACUAAUUCGUUCCAUUGUUCAUAUUGCUAGUAAUAGCUUUUAUAGCUUUCACAAUUCAAGCUAACCUUUUUAGUUAUGAAAACAUAGAAUAAAUGCUUAAUAACAAAUAAUAAAUGAAUCAGCAAAGUCCCCCGCGGCGACACUGUAACAACGUGGAGAUGUUGUCACAUGUUAUCUUUGAGACUUGACUUACGUUGGAACGUACCUCUCCCGGAAUGAAAUGCAAUUCUCUUAUUACAUGAUUACAUGUUUAAAUAAGAGCCAAUGUGAGUCAACUUACAGUCCCUUAUUUUGGGCACUACUCUAAAGAGAAAUGAUGCUUUUCAUGUUUAUAUAGAUAAAUCAUUUAAUUUAAAACUAAAAGAUAAAUAAGCACAAAGGGGCAGAAACAGCCAAAAGUGGAUGUGGGUUGGUCCAAAUUAGGGGAAUAAGGCGGGGAGUAGCAAUGUAAACAUCAUGAGUAUGUCCUGGCCUCAUAAUCUGUGUGGCUUAUCUAAUGUAAAUGCAAGCAAAGAUGUCUAAUAAAGUUCACUAAAAUAUUUAGGUAAAACAAAGGUGAUAACUGUCUAUACCUUAUAGAAGGUACAAGAAGUCUGACGGGUUGAGAAAGGGACAAGAAGCAAAGUAUCUUGUAUAACGAGAUAACAGUGUUUCCGUUUUCUGCUCUCUUGUGGACAUCAGCUUCUUUUUGUUGUAGGCCUACAUUACAAAUGCGUGGCUCUAAGGCUGUUUUGUGUUGUUCUGUGCUUCCGAGAAAUUUACCCUUUCUUAUUAUCUUUUUUAGAAACAAUGAUUCAUUGUGUGCACCCCUGACUCAGAUAGUGUAUACACAGAUUUAUAUAUGUGUAUGUAUAUUAGGGGAGACUAUUCUUUGCUAUUUUUUGUUAUUUUAAACACUAAAUCCUGCAUUCUGUUGAGUUUUAAGAGAAAGUCAUUUCUUUCAUUCACUGAAGUUUCGCAAGUGUUUUACUUUUUUACCUGAAGAAAAGUUUGUAUUCUAAAUGAAUUUUUUUUUACAAAGAGUUAAAGAUUAUAACUUUUGUUAUUCACAGUCUUGGUAUAUGUGAUUGAGAGCUGUUAUUCUUAUUUAGAGACGGUGUUGUAUUAUUUCUGUAUGAGGGUAGUAUGGGGGUCCUCCUCCAUACAAUUUUGCAAUUUGUGCAUGCCAAAGCGUAAAGUCUAAGAGGAUUUCAACACUGAAAAUUAUGGUUGUCGAUUACUGUAGGUUUAAGUUAUGUAAUGUCAACAAGCUUUGGAAAAAUAGUAUUUUGAGAAGAAAUCUUUUUCAGGGAGCAUGAUCCUUGUAGAAAGUGGCACUGUAGGUGAUUUUGAACAUUUCAAACGUCACAAGCUGAAUUCUAGUGCGCUUUCAGGAUAAAAUCAUCAGACAGAGUGCUGUCUUAUAAAUGGAGGAAAUAUAUAUAUUUAAAAGAUGGUGCCCCCACCCAUCUCCCUGCUCUUACGUCUAAGCAUACACUUUAGAUUACAGUUCAUAUAAUGAUUAUCGGUAUAACAUAUUGCAGUCAAAUUUACGCAAUACAGCUUUAAUACUUUAAAAUCAAUUUCGCACUCUUCUUUAGCAGAGCUCAGUAUUUAAAUGUUGAUUAAAAAGCUGCUCAUCCUUAUUAGUAAUGACCUACAGAUUUUGGCAAAAAGAUAUUUUCUUUAAAAUUGAAGUUUGGCUAUAUUAUGAACACCAUAAUAUUAGUUUUUGUUUCUAAAAAUAUUCUAAAAAUGCCAAAUCAAAUAAAAAAAGUAAACAAACAACUAAUUCUCACGCGUUUCUAUAAAAUAAGCUCUGUGAGUAAUCAUGUUUUAAAGCUGUCUUUAAAAAAUAGCAUUCAAGCCUAAAAAAAUCUCUUUCUUCUUGUUGUACGAACUGGCGGCCAGUGCUUUGGAUAAUGGAGAAAAUGUGUUAUGUUAUCAUAUUAUAUACUAACCUUAUUAUGUUAUUGUAGAAUAUUAAUUUCAAAACAAAGAAUAUAGCUUUCAGAUUAAUAGAAUAAUUCGGGUUGUUUUUAUAAUCUUACUUGGAGCAAGAAUAUUAAUAUCCGUCAUGUGUUUUCGAAUCGGAUAGAAAUAUCCGUCCCGAGGGCACCUGUGCAUUGGGUUUUAACGAGGCUUGCUGAGUUACCGCCUAUGCGCAGGUGGCAGAGGGAUGGAUAUGUUACCUGAUUCGUAAACACAUGACUGAUAUUUUUCUUGCAUAUCGCAUACAUAUAAGCUUUUUAUUCUGACAGAAUUCUUUUGGUAUACAGCUUUUUUUAAAUUAUAGUUGAUCAAAGUACUUUCUUUGUAGCACUCUUUCUUUUAGUAGAGUAUGUACACAAAGCGCGGGAAAGUAACGUCCGUAAUAAGUGACGUCAUAACGUUUCAGAGACGCACAAUAACAAAGUUCCACUUUUCUUUUAUCAUUUGUAGCGUAACGUUAUGUUAUGUUCUUACCGUAAGAUAACAUCAUUUUGAGUCGAGAAAUAUACUAUGAGGAACGGAGAGAAACUAUCAAGGUACCUGAUAUUUUCGUAUUUUACAUAAACAAUAUAAAAUCAGUGCAUGAAUUGUUAGCUGUCAUUAACAGCACGAGAGUCAUCCAGCAUGAGGGGUGGUUUUUGCCAGCACGGGUAAAAUCACCGGAAACGCCAGUCCGGAAUGCAUGAACAUUGUUUUCAGUGCUUUGAGAGGCAGGGAUUUCUUCUUUUAUGUUGAAUCCAGAUUUUUUUUUCAAAUAAAACCAAAGCCAGGAAAAGGGACGCUACACCCCAGAAAAGGUGCGUGUCAUUGGGGUUAGGGUUAGGGUUAGGGUUACACUUGAAAUAUAUCAAAUAUUGGAGCCAGUCUACAGGUAAACUCAACAGUAAGUUUGAAUUUAGCAUAGUAUAAAAUUAGAAUGUAGCCACAAUGAAAUAUGGAAAAGGCAAAUUAAAUGUAUUACUUCCAAUGUUAUAUGUAAAGCAGUCAAAAAAGAAAGUUCCUAUCUUUACUUUUGGAGGCCUUCAAAAUAUGAAAGCAAUUUGACGUAAUUGCAAAUUAUCAAAGAAAAAUAUUCAACUAAAAUUAUGAACAAAACAGUAGAGGCAAAUUUGACAUCUGCAUUAAAACCUGGGUUCUGUCUGUGUGUAAUUUUUCUGCUGUUUUGCUUCACAAAUUAUGUUCGUGAAAUAAGCACUCAUUCUCUAAACUAGGUAAGUGUGAACUAAUCACAGAAAUGCUCUUGAGAAAACAUUACAGGAAAAAAGAAAAUGACACGGUGCAAAUGUGUUCUUAAAACUACAUCAGUAAAAUGUACUGUUUAACAAUAUACUUUAAUUGUAAUGUAAUACUUGAGAUAUUACUGUGAACAUAAACUGCAUCUCAUGAUUUUAUAAUUUUUAUCAUUGC